AUGAGCGCGACGAUAGAUUCCCAACCAGCUGUCGAUCAGUUGAUCGAGCACGAUGGAAAGUCAUACAGCACCGUCAAGGAGGGUCUGGCAUACAUCUUGGUCCCGCCGAACGCACGAACCGAACAGGACCCAAAGUCAAAGAGGAACCACAAGGGCGACGACAGUGAUCAACAAGCACAAAGCGUUUUCUACAAUCCGAUCCAGCAGUUCAACCGUGAUCUUUCUGUCCUUGCCAUCAAGGCUUUUGGUGAGCACAUGUGUGCUGUCAGAAAGCAAGCACACGACAAGAAGGUCGACCAAGCUGCCAAGAAGAGGGAAAGGAAGAGACAGGCCGAGGAUGAUGCAGGGGAAGACAAGAGGAGGAAGGGCAAUCAUGAGGCUGAGAACGGGACCGAAGCCACGAACGGCAAGAUGGACGUCGACACAGCAGAGGCACCCAGGGAGUCCAAAUACAAGCCCAAAUUCCGUGUACUGGACGCGCUGUCGGCUUCUGGUCUGCGUGCACUGCGUUAUGCCCAAGAGAUACCCUUUGUGACCACAGUUGUCGCCAACGACAUGUCUCCAGCUGCUGUAGACGCCAUUCGUCUCAAUGUCCAGCACAACAAGCUGACCGACAAGAUCACUCCAUCUACUGGUAACGCCAUUGGUCACAUGUACAAUGCUGCAUACUACAUUCCAACACCUGAAGAUGGCCCUUCCGCACACACUCAGCUCAAGUACGAUGUCAUUGAUCUGGACCCUUACGGUACCGCUGCGCCUUUCCUGGAUGCUGCCGUUCAAGCGCUGAACGACGGUGGUCUGCUUUGCGUUACCUGUACCGAUGCCGGUGUCUUUGCUUCCUGUGGUUACAUCGAAAAGACCUACUCAUUGUACGGCGGUCUGCCACUCAAGGGUCCUCAUUCUCACGAAGCUGGUCUCCGUCUGAUUCUGAACUCUAUCGCCAAGGCUGCUGCUGUGCAAGGUAUUGCUAUCGAGCCUCUCCUAUCUCUCAGCAUUGACUUUUAUGCCAGAGUCUGGGUGCGUGUCAAGAAGUCACCGGCUGAUGUCAAGUUCCUGGCUGGAAAGACCAUGCUUGUACACCAAUGCGAUACUGGCUGCGGCAGCUUCCAGAUCCAGCCUCUUGCCAGACAUACUCCCCAGAAGAAUUUCCUCAACUACAAGCACACUGCUUCUUUGUCUGCAGCUGAUAGCAGGUGUCCUCAUUGUGGUUUCAAGACUCAUGUUGCCGGUCCUAUGUGGGCUGGUCCUUUGCACAACCCUUACUUCAUCCGUCGUAUUCUGGACAUGCUUCCCAAUGUGGACAAGUCGAUUUAUGGGACUACUGCUCGCAUCGAAGGUAUGCUUACCUCUGCUCUCGAUGAGCUUGAUACUUUGGAGAACAACCUCCAGACAUUCAAGGGCGAGACUGAAGCUCCCUUCAUCCCCUCUAUCCCAGGACAUGUAACCGACCCUCAUCCUUUCUUCUUCAUUCCCAGCUAUCUGUGCAAGGUUCUGCAUUGCCAGUCUCCUUCAGAAGCUGCUAUCAAGGGCGCGCUACGCCACGCUGGAUACGUCGCCACGCGCUCGCAUACCAAACCCGGCACCAUCAAAACCGACGCCAGCUACGACGCCAUCUGGGAAAUUAUCAGAGAGUGGAGCCGUCAAAAAGCUCCCGUCAAAGAAGGCAAGGUCGGCGAAACCCAAGCCGGCUUCAAGAUUUUGCAAAAGAUGAGAAAGGUCGAUGCAUCUGAGGAGAAGAACGAAGGUGAAGAGAAGGGAGAAGAUGUUGAGGAAGAGCCUGCUACACAACCUCCUGCUGAUAUUUUCAAGUUCAAGAUCAAGUUUGAUGAGAGGUUGGGCAAGGAUUAUCAUAGCAAGAAGCUCAUGCGUUAUCAGACUAACCCGAGAGCGAACUGGGGUCCUAUGAGUCGUGCUAAGGGUGCUAGCUAG